AUGCCUUGCGCUGACCAGCCAUUUCGAGUAGAGUGCAACGCUUCCGACUUUGCCAUAGGCGCCGUCCUAUCCCAGGUUGGGGACGAUGGAGACUGGCACCCGGUGGCUUACCUCUCGCAUGCGCUAUCACCUCCCGAGCGGAACUACGAUACCCACGAUAAGGAGCUCCUUGCGAUCAUCCCUGCCGUAGAGGAUUGGCAUCACUACCUUGAAGGUUCCCCACAUCAGGUCGAGAUCUACACGGACCACAAGAACCUCGAGCACUUCACCAAGAUGCAGAAGUUGAACCGACGUCAGGCCAGAUGGGCCUUGUACCUUACGCGCUUCGACUUCAUUCUACGCCAUCGACCUGGACGCCUCAACCACGCGGAUCCCUUGCCACAACGUGCCGACCACCGUGAAGGCGUUGGGGAGGAAAACUCCAACAGGGUCCUGUUCCUUGCAGCCGAUCUUGCCAUCAAUGCUACACAGUUCGUGUCCCUGGACGAUGUGAAGCAGCGCAUUUUGGAGACGGAGGCGAAGGACAAAGAGGUGGCGGAGGCGAUGCGGAUCAUAGAGCAGGAAGGUCCAGCGGCGCUCAAACGGAAGCUGGAUGGCUGGGAAGAGAAGGACGGCCUCAUCACGUACAAAGGACGUCUAUAUAUCCCGGACGACAAGGAUCUCCGUCGGGAGAUUGUUCGUCUCUGCCAUGACACACCAGCCGCUGGGCAUCCGGGUCGGUUUAGGACAAUUGAGCUGGUAUCGAGGGACUUCUGGUGGCCGG